AUGUACACAGAGCUGAGAGGUGAUAGGGCUGUUAUGAAUUGGAGGAAAAUGUUUUAUCAAAAUUAUGCUCGUCCACGUGCGCGUUUCAUUCUUUGGCUUACUGUUCUUGGCAGAAUCCCUACAAAGGAUAGGCUAGCGAGAAUUGGUAUUCACACUGAUGGAAAAUGCAUUGCGUGCGAUCAACCCGAGACUGUUCUUCAUCUGUUUUUUGACUGCAAUUUCACACAACAGAUUUGGAGCAAAUUACUCACAUGGCUUGGGUAUCCAAUACAGAGGCGGAACUGGAGCAAUGAGUGGCAUUGGAUUAUUGAAGAGGCUGCAAAGAAGGGCUGGAAGAGAUGUCUGCUAAAAAUGGUAGUUGCUGAAACCAUUUAUCAUGUAUAA